AUUUCUGCAAUGACGAGACAAAAAAAGAACGCUCCUCAUGUUACUGUAACAUGCGCACAAGAUCCCGCAGACUGCUUCCGAUGUGGCGGAAACAGUUCACACAGUGUCUGGCUUGAAGGCUGCAUGUUCAGUUCCGUAGUGAGUCUACUUGUAGACGGUAAUGUGUAGAAACGUGUCAAUAUAUUCGUCACAGUUAUAUCAUAUUUGUAAUUUUUGUAAUUUUUUUGUGGGGAAAUAUAUCGCUAUACUUAUAAAGUCAGUUAUGGUGGUACGGUGAUAAUAAAAAAGUAGAGAGUUUGGUAUCUGAGCCCAUUCCAAGGCCCUGCAACUGUCUGUAUCUUCCUGACGGACCCAAAAGAGAACUAGCACGUAUAAUCAAGAGAAUACGCGAACGGAUCCUAAACCCUGAUGUCUGCAUCACAUUGGCGGACUAGAGAGAAAACGGAUACAAACUUUUCUGGACAAGAAAUGGAACCCUGUCUGGAUAAGAAGUCUCACGCCUUUGAAGAGACAACAGAAAUAUCCCAUAGAGUCCUUCUGUCGCUGCUGAAAAUAAAACAAAUUGAUGUGGAAUUCAGUGACAUCACGCUAACGGUUUCAACCGGAAUUUCUGACACAAAAAAGAAGGAAGUCCUGAAAAGCGUGUCUGGCAGUUUCAGCUCGGGACAGUUGAUAGCUAUCAUGGGUCCGUCUGGUGCAGGGAAGUCUUCGUUACUCCGUGUACUUUCUGGAUUUACUACGAAAGGAGUACAAGGGACUAUCCGUUACAGCGGCAAUGGCCUUCAUAGCAAGAAGGAGAAGAAGGAAAGAUGCUACAUCAUGCAGGAAGACUGUUUGUCUCCUCUCUUCACCGUGUACGAAAUAAUGACACAUUGUGGGAACCUUAAAUUGGGGCCAAAUUUUCCUGAAAAGGCCAAACAAUUAUUGAUAGAGGACAUAAUAGACAUGAUGGGUUUGACUAAAUGUAGAGAUACAAAAUGUAGAAGCCUGUCAGGAGGACAAAGGAAGCGACUUUCUAUUGCACUAGAACUGGUUGACAAUCCCCCAGUUAUGUUUCUGGAUGAACCAACCACGGGAUUGGAUAGUGUAUCAUCCUUACAGUGUGCCAAAGUGUUGAAAUCCCUAGCAAGAGGUGGGCGCACUAUUGUGUGCACAAUUCAUCAGCCAUGUGCCACUGUCAUGGCCUUAUUCGAUAAUGUGUACAUCUUAUGUAAUGGCCAGUGCAUGUAUCAAGGUGCCAGUAACAAUAUACUUCCAUACCUGAGACAGUUUGGAUUAGAGUGCCCUAGAUAUCAUAACCCAACUGACUUCAUGAUGGAGGUUGUAUGUGGAGAAUAUGGUUCCUACCAGAGUCUGUUGAUUCAGGCUGCGAAGAAUGACAUUUGGAACUUGCAAAAGCAUGUCCCAGCAAUUGAGUCAGGAGAAGAAUUGAAGCAAUCUAAACCAAAGCAACCUUCGGAGAAAACAGUAGUUCCUAAUGACUCACCAAAUGAAUAUCAGAGGUUCUUCAUUCUAUUUAAAUCCUACUAUACUCAACUUUACAGAGACUGGACUGUUUCUCACCUGAAGGUCCUACUACAUAUCUUUGUUGGAGGUCUCUUGGGGGCACUUUUCUUAGAUAGUGGUAACAACGGAUCGAAAACAAUCAGUAACCUAGGUUAUCUAUUCUGCUGUGUUGUGUAUCUUAGCUACACCACAAUGUUGCCUGCAGUAAUAAGAUUUCCUUUGGAGCGUGCCAUAGUUACGAAGGAACAAUUCAACAACUGGUACAGACUGAGAACAUAUUACAUGGCAUUAACAUUAUCCAGUAUACCAGUACAACUGUUCUACUGUACAAUACACAUCUCUGUAUCGUACUUCUUGUCAUCCCAACCUUUGGAAUGGGAGAGAUUCGUCAUGAUGCUCCUAAUGUGCUUCAUGUGUGUGCUUGUUGCGGAGAGUUUUGGGAUUUUCUUUGGAACUCUUUUCAGCCCUGUUACAGGGACAUUCUGUGGAGCUCUUUCCAUAGCAUAUAUGAUUCUAUUUGGAGGAUUCUUCAUCCUGUUCACACACAUGCCAAAGUACCUGUACUGGAUGUCCUACUUAUGUUUCAUCAGAUUCAGUUAUGAAGGAAUAAUUACUGCAGUAUAUAGUUAUGAUCGACCAAAACUUACGUGCCCAGAGGACGUUAUCUAUUGUCAUCUCAGCAAUCCUGAAUAUAUUCUAAAAGAGAUGGGUGUAAGUGGAAAUGUAUAUUGGGUUGACUUUGGUGUACUACUUGUAAUGGUUGUGUUUAUGAGAUGUGUUGGAUACUGUGCAAUGAAGAAAGUGAUGAGCAGCAGGUGAAGUACUGUGUGCUAUUGAAGAGGAAUAUCCAAUAAAUGAAACUAAGUGUAGCGAAAUAAGUGGGACAAAUAUUCAAAUAUGAAAUUCCAAUAUGGCAAGGAGGAUAGAUAAUUACAUACACAUUUCAUCUAAACAGAGAACUUUUCAGCACUAAGAAGUCAGUUGCUUAUUGGUUAAUUCUGUCCUAUUUAUUGUGCAAUGAAAGAAAAUAUGGGGCUGUCAGUACACUAUAAUGACAGAUUUGGAAGAGUACAGUUACUUUCAGAGACUGGUGUAACCUGUUAUUCUAACAGUUUAGGGUCGUGGUGCCAGGAUCUUAACUACAAUACUUGGGACCAACAGUGAAUUGGAAGAAAGUGAAAUGUAAGAUUAAUAACUAAAGUUUUCUUUAAACCUGAUUUAAUUCUUGAAUGCUGCAUGUAUACAUGUACAUCCUUUAACAUGUCAGGUUUGGUUAGGCUAGGUUACAGAUGUACAUAUAUAAACCCUUAGAUAUGUUAGGUCAGGUUAGGUUGUGUUACAGGAGUACAUGUCAUUUUACAUAUUAGAUUAAUUUACAGAUGUACAUAUAAAUCCGUUCACAUGUUAGUUUGAAACAUUUUAGGAUAAAAAUGUACAUAUGCAUGUAUGUUCUUUGAUUAUUAUCUUAUGUAUGAGUGGCUAUAGACAAGAUUUGGAUUGGUAACUGAAUUUAUUGAACACUUACAGAUUGUAACUACAAGAAACUAUAGUGCUAUCACUAAUUCAUAUACACUAUAGUUCACUAUAUCACAAAUUGAUCCUUGUUAGUUUAUUGAUUCUUCACCAGUCAGUGCCUGGUGACAGAUCCUCUGCUUCUGUGCUCACAUUCUUAUCAGCUGGCGACUACCCCACAACGAAUUUAUUGCUCCAACUAACUCCCAGGCUGGAAGCCAUCUCA